GAUCGCGAGAGAAAGAUCUGAGCCCACGCGUCACCUUGCAGCCAGCGUUGCAGAAUCCAGACGAACCCCUUCGAUCCAGUCACCGCCAUGCUGCGCCCAGCGACCGUCGUACGGCCAUUUACAGCGCCAAUGAGGCUGCUGACAGCUCAAUCGACGCCGGCAACCCUUCUCACCAGACGAUAUCUCGCAACGACAUCAACCCAAACACCAUCACCUUCUGAACCCCUAGUCACACCAACACCAACAACACAACCUCCAUCUGAAGCCUCCUCCGCCUCUACUAGCCCCCAGUUCCAAAACCAACAACAACCCCAAUUACAGCAACACCAAACCUGCCAACCACGAAAACAACCCCUCCCCUACCGCGUCUCGCGCACGCCCUCCAACAACCUCGCCGUCUACGAGCUCGCCAAGCGCGGCGGCAACAAGCUCCUGACAACCAUCAAAAAAGUUGAGGGCGACCGCGCCGCCUUCCGGACCGAGCUCGCGCGCGGGCUGGGUCUGGCCGAGGUGGACGACAAGGGCAGGAAGACGGUGGUGGUGAACACGCUGACGGGCCACGUCAUUGUUGCGGGCCAUCGCAAGAACCAGGUUGUGGAGUGGUUGGAGAAGCAGGGGUUUUGAAGUGACGAAGAGUGAUCAGUCUCGUAAAGGAAUGGGUGUGAGAAUAGAGAGGGCUGGACGAAUGAGAUGCUGUUGACGGUGAUUGCAUCACAUGUGUCAUAGGCCCGAUUACCAGAGAAGGGGACAACUUGACCGAGAAGCGUGCGGGAAUCUGUAUAAAUGGCGUGGAAGGGAGCGUGGAACAUCGCAAAGGCAAGAUGGGGAUAUGGGCAGGAAGACUCGGAUAGAGAGGGUGAGAGCAUUAUUGCUUUAAUCCAGCUCGCGAUGGGAAACUUGUACCGGGCCCAUUGUACAAUAAAUACACCGUAUACACAGCAUCAGACGCAUCACCGCCAGACCGGCGGCAUUGUGUGCAAACCUGAUACUCAUGGACAACCGAGACCGACCCAUCAAUAUAUCACACAUGCU